GCGCUAACUACUGUAACUCAACUCCGACUCCGGAUAAUGGCGUCCAUCCUCCGGCGUCUUCCUUGGUCCGGCCGGGCAUGGAAGUCUCUUGUAUUCCCCAGCACCAGUUUCAGGCAAAUUCCCCUGGAAAGGAAACUGGAAGAAGAGCUCCUUCCCGGUUACGUUGCGUCGCGUUACUAUCCCGUCCGCCUUGGCCAGAUUCUCAAGGACCGCUACCAAAUUGUUGGUAAGCUGGGACUUGGAACAAGUUCGACAGUUUGGUUGGCGCGCGACUUGAGCGGUCGUCGCCAUGUCGCACUGAAGGUCUUUAUACACUCCGAGAGUCUCGGUACUCAGGUGGACCACGAGCUUUCCAUGUACAGGCGAAUCUCGGCGGCAUCGACGAGGCAUCCCGGCCGCGGCAGUGUCCGGGAACUGCUCGACUCUUUCGAGGUAACUGGGCCAGACGGAUCUCACCGCUGCCUAGUGCACCCCCCGCUGUGGGAGAGCGUCCUGACGUUCCUGCACCGCAACCCUGUGAGGAGGUUGCCAGCGCCCGUCCUCGCCGUUGUCCUCCGUCGCCUCUUCCUCGCGCUGGAUUUUCUCCACACAGACUGCAAAAUCAUUCACACAGACAUCAAAGCCGACAACAUCAUGUUUGGGAUUGAGGACGACUCGGUUUUCGCCACCUUUGAAGAGCAAGAACUGCUCGAACCGUCAGCUCGGAAGCUGUUGGAUGGCAACAGAGCCAUCUAUGUGUCACGCGAGCUUCCGAUGCCAAAGAAAUGGGGCGUGCCGGUCCUCUGUGAUUUUGGCUCGGCCGUGCCAGGGGGCAUGGAGCAUUCAGAAGACGUACAACCGGAUGUAUACAGGGCGCCCGAAGUUAUCCUGGAAGCACCAUGGUCCUACCCAAUCGACAUCUGGAAUGCCGGCUGCAUGAUAUGGGACCUCUUUGAAGGCGGUCACCUGUUUACGGGACAUGACCAGGAGCAUCAAACCUAUCGAAGCCGAGCUCACCUUGCCGAGAUUGCUGCAUUGCUGGGACCACCUCGCCAACUGGUAUACCGAGUGCAGCCUCCCGGCUGACUGGCGCAUUACAACUACCGAGAAUGGCUGGACUACC